UAUAGGCAGCUGAUAGAUAGAUAGAGUUUGUGCGCAGGUUAUAUAUGUUAGCGGAGGAACACGCGCCAUACCACUGUUAGUAAUCCACGCGCCGGGGUUUCUAUCUAUCUAUCUAACUAUGAAUCUAUCUGGUCCCCGCGGAAACCUAACAGUGGCUUGCCCAGGUGCAGAGAUCCAAGUAUCAGUAGCAGUUCGACUGUCGUAGGGUUAGCUCCUCUUCUCUACAGUGGUAACCGGUAGCUCAUCACAUCAAGUUAAGGAUAUGUAACUUUGAACAAUUUUUUUCCGUGUUUGGAAAUUAUUUUAGUAAAAACAUUGACAUUGAUUCACAUUCUGCCGCAUUUGUGAUCGUGAAAAAUGGUGGCAAAGCGGAAAAUAGCUUUUCAUCCGGAGAAAGGAUAUCCUAUCGAACCAUCAACUCCUCCUAAAACCGUCCGAAGGAACGCCCGAGAACGAAAUCGAGUUCGACAGAUAGAUCAAGGGUUUGAGAAGCUUAAGUCGAAUAUCCCAGUCGCUGCAAAUCAGAAGAAGAUAAGUCGAGUAAAGAUUCUGUCGUCUGCAGUUGAUUAUAUUCAGCAGCUCCACAAUAUACUAAAUGAGCAUGAGUCUGUUUGCCGAGCUGGAGGGGGUGUAGGAGGACUAGGUGGACUAGGACAACAGGUUAAACAAGAACCUCCACAAACUCAACUGAGUAGAUCAUUAACUCCUCCUAAACUAUUACAAGGAGGGGGCAUGAACCCCUUGACCCCCUACCAAGGGUACAUGCACUACCCUAUGCAGCAGAGCCCCAUGAACGUGAACUCCCCUGUCUCCCCCUACAAUAGUUUUGAGACGGGUAGUAUGAGUAGUGGAUACUAUUCACAACAUUCUCCUAGUAUACGCUCUUCAUACAGAGACUUCUAUUCUCCCAGGAUAUCCCCAGGAUACAAGGAGACACAUGCACAUUCUCCUGCUUACUCCGAACCCUCUCCCCAGCAGUAUACUCCUCACCUUCCUCCCCAGGUUGCUCCUCCUCCACCCCUGACACAGGAUCCGACCCCUUCCAGUACCUUUCAGGAGGAUGACGAGGAUAUACUAAACUCUAUCAUACAGUGGGAGAAAUAUUAGAUCAAAUAUUGGCUGCAAGAAACAAAAUUCAGAAGUUCCAUAGAUCUAAGAGAACUUGGACAUCCAGGAGUUCCAUGGAUCUAGGAGAACUAGGACAUUCAGGAGUUCCAUGAAUCUAGAAGAACUAGGAAAUCCAGGGGUUCCACAGAUCUAGGAGAUACAGGAGUUCCAAGGGUCUAGGAGAACUAGGACAUCCAGAAGUUCCAUGGAUCUAGGAGAACUAGGACAUCCAUGAGUUCCAUAGGUCUAUGAGUUAUAGAAAUUGGGAAUAUGUAAGAAGAAUAUAAACAAAUUUGAAAAUUCCGCAAAUUUGCAAAUAAUCUGCAAUUAUUGCAGUUGCUUAUUUCACACAUCCUCAGAAGUAUAGAAGAUUAGAGUAGAAAGAGGAAUAGUUUGGAUUUGAAAAAUUCGUCUGCUAGAGUUAAAAUCUCUAUAGCGGGGGGGAUAUAUGUGUGUAAAUACACACAAAAGAUAUGAGAAGCUAGAAUCGAUUGAAACCCGGCUAAAUUCUCUGAGAAAGGUUACUGAACGAUGGAGAGGAUAGAUGGAUAGAGAGUGAGCUCAACGAUGAAUAGAAAAGUAUAAAAGGUUCAAUACUGAGCCUGGAUCAAUACAUUGGUGCAGUGGAGACCUCUACGCAAGAUUACAACCGAGAUGAGACAAUCUACGAUAGAAACGAACCAGAACCGGAAAUCAAUAUUCGGAAAGAGAAGAACCCUUAGAGCAGCUAUUUUUAUACCAGUUAUAAUUUUAUGUACAAAUAAGAGCGGCCAUAUUAUAGUAUAAUUUUGCUUUGAAUUUUGGUAGAUUUUCCAUAUUCCUCUAAUAUUUUGGUCCCCCACACACUUUGGCUUUGUAUUCGAACAAAAAAGGCCUCAAAUUGAUUUUUUUCUCAGAUAAAUGUAGCAAUAUUUAAUCCCUGCUUUGUGAUACAAUUUGGAAUUAUUUUUGAUGAAUUUUGAUCAUGAUUAGGUAGUUUUUCACCCUAUCCUUCAUGAAUUAAGCCUGAUUAGCGUCGUAAAAUGAUUGAAAGAUGUGAUUAAUGAUAAAAUCAAUCCGUUACAAAAAUGACAAGUUGUUUUCAACCUAUCCUACACUACCUACUAAAGGUUGGAUAAUAUAAUUGUAAAAAUAUUUUUAUUGUUCCACACGCUUCUUUGGGGCAUUUUUCACUCAACAAUUUUUAAAAAGUCUGAAAACUUUUGAUCUCUCUCCCAGUGCCUUAAAUAAAUCAAGAAAGACGAAACAGGUCUCAUUUGCAUUUAUAUACCUCCAGUUAGUAAACUUUGAGCCCUGUUGUAGCGGUGGGCUAGUUUUUAAACUUUCCAGUGUAGAAUUUAUACGGGCUGUGAUAACCGUUUUUGUAAAUUCCCGUUGAUUGAAUAAA